AUGAAGUUCCUGCAUACCGUUGCCCUUAUUGCUACCUUGACCGUCGCCAGCGCUACGCCGACUGGUAGUACUCCGUCCCAAUGCACUACCGCGCAAGCUAAUAAAUGCUGCACUGGCUUGACUAACGGCAUUUUGAAUCUGAAUGUUCUCCCCGCGCUUUGUCUCCCUCUCGUUGGAAGUUGCAACAACCAGGCAGCCUGCUGCGAGACUAAUGGCAUUGGCCUUUUGAACUGCCUCACUGUUCAGGUUUAG